AUGGCACAGGCGAUGGAGAGUUCCACGGACCUUCAAAAUCUUCCCAGCGAAAUUUUGAUCAAUAUCCUUAGCUAUCUCGAUGAGAAAGACCUCUAUGCAGUGCAAGCAACAUGCAAGCAUUUCAUGGAAAUCGUCAACGAUGAAGAAUUGUGGAAGAACCUUUUCAUUUCCCAAAUUCACUCAAGAUAUUUCCCCUCUUUCUCCAGGUCCUGGAAGUACAGUCUAGAAUACAUCAAAAGGAAUAGAGGUUUGAACGAAUGGAAGCACAAUAGGGCAGUCAAAACGAAAUACACCGUAACGGCACAGAACCAGUACAAUCAGCUGGAAAAAAUGGUGUUCGAAUAUCCGCGCUGUGCUUGUUACAGCGACGGAGUGAUCAUGCUUGUACAGCUUCAUUCUAAAAGAAGAAAGGACAGGCUAACUUACAUGCCUUGCACCACACCGCAGGGCUGUUCAACCAUGCAUUUCAACAUUAAUGCUGCAGUUUUCGGCCGGUUCGAUGGACGUGUAUUUGGCAAGCUUCUGACCAACAAGUCACAUCUCCAUCCAGUGACAGAGUUUAACGCCGUACAUCGGUCUGCUGUCACAGCAAUAACCACAGCAGCUCUCGAAGAUUCGGCAGAGGAUUGGUGUGCAAGUGGUUGUGAAUCAGGACAAGUUAUUUGGUGGUGUGAAACGAAAAUGCAGAAACACAUGCAAAUAUCCGAUAAGCCCAUCUUAAAGUUGUCUCUGCAUAAAGAUCUCACGGUCGUUAUGGACUCGCAUCAGAUCUUUAUUGUGGACAAGAUGAACUUUUCUCAUAAAUUAGACAUUCCGUCUGAUCUUCAGCAUACACUAACCCAAAUCCAGCAUUUUGAAGUGGACUUUGGGGGUCGACAUUUGAUUCUCGGUAGUAUGUCGACACUUUACGUCAUCUCUAUAGACCCUCACAAGGAUUUUGGGUUUACGAGGUCUCUUUCUUUUCCUGAUUACAUCGAGAAGAUUUUCAUUGAUGAUGUGACCUCUAAAAGAACGCAGGAAAGCAGUUUGGCGGGUGGCGAUGGUUGUUUUUUGGGAGUCUUGACGGGCGACAAUUCCGUUGUUGUUAUCAAUAUCAGAGCUCCUGGUCGAAACUUGCGCAUACAAACCAAGCUCACGUUCGAGGAGAGGGUUCACAUCGCGCAAAUCAAUAACUUGGUCCUAGUCUGUGCCUUCAGUGGAUAUCUUGGGAUAUUCGACGCAACUGACGGGACUGAGUUGAGAGUGGUAAGGAAGACGGAAAAGAUGCCCCAAUUCCUUGGAAUUUCCCACGGUCGUAUGAUUCUAGGCAGCGGUAACGUUCUACAUUAUUUACAGUAUGCCGAUGAAGAAGCAACGCAGAAGAGGUCCGGAUCAUCUCAGGGUGCUCGCGGCAAUAAAUGGAACGAAGUCUUGAACACUCAGUUGGACCUCUAUAAUGAAGACGAAAAUAGUCGAAGGGAAGAGGUCGACAGAAUUCAGAAAUUGCGGAAGCGGUUCAUGGGUGACCUUGAUGACGAAGAAAUACAGUAUCAAAUUGCGUUAAUGGAGUCGCAGUCAACCGCACAAGCGUUCAAUCCUGCGGCGGCCCCAGAAGAAGGGGAACUGGACGAAGAGCUUUUGAAGGCAUUAGAGGAGUCCAGGCUGACUGCUGAUUCUGCCAUGACACCACAGGUGGUUGACGAAGAUACAGAAAUUAUGUUAGCGUUGGAACAGUCGAGGGAAGAAGGUGAUAGACUGAAUUCAGGGCGACGGAUUCGCCGUCACGGGCCCAUAGGAGAAGCAGUGUCGUCCACUGUAGCAUGCACAGAACAUAAUGGAUCAGAGGAAAGCCCGUCUUCUCCAGCACUGACAUCACAGCGAAAUUACGAUGAGGAUUUAGAACUGGCUUUGGCAUUGUCGUUGCAAGAGUAG